AUAAUUCUUCACAAUCUUCACAAGGAUUCUUGCCGCUCGACUAUAGCCAAGAUGAAUUACAAGAGGAUUUAAUAAAUGUUGAGAACAUGAUUUCAUCAGAUGAUGAAAAAGAACAUGACAAUGAUCCUGUGUUUAACUUAGAGCAAAGCCUAUACAAGUAUGCUCUAGCUUCAGCAGAAUUUGAAAAUGAUCUAUGGAAAGAAUUUAAUGUGGAAGACAUACCAAUUUUGCAAGAAAUAAGUAAAGCAGACCCGGAAUGCACUGCAAUGCAUUUAGGUGAUACUGAAACUACGCUUCUCCAUUUUGCAAAGCUAAUUGAAAUGGUGGCAUACUCAGAAAAUGAUAUAAUAAAAAAGAAUUUACUUCAAGGCCUCAUUCCAUGCAUAGAAAAUUUUAAUCUGGAUUCGUCUUCCGCAUCAUCUAGCAAAUUACCCAGCUUUUUAAUUCGUACUUUGCUAUUUCAAAAAUAUGAAAUUGUUAGACAAAAACAAAAAGAAUGCAAAAGCACUAUAACUGAAUUUAACAAAAGCGAAAUAGUGAAAAGCACAGCAUUCUUGUCUUCUAUAAUUUUAACAACCGCAUUUAAAGGCUAG